AUGAAGCUUCGCAAGGUCAAGCGUUCAUCACAAGGGGACAAUCAGCGCAAAGGGCGACCAGUGAAGAAGUCCUGGCCGUGCCACAAUUGCGGAAAGAUUGGUCACUGGAUGGCGGAGUGCCCCUCGCGCAUCCAAGAAAACACGGAGAGACACCGGCCACAGCGUGCUCAAGACAGCGGCGACCGCUAUCGAUCACAACGUGCAAACGUCGCUCAAGAAGAAGACUCGGGCGACUACCUCUUUUCGAUCGGUGAAACGACAUCUGCGAAAUCGAGCGACAUCUGGCUGGUCGACUCCGGGGCGACGCAGCACAUGACGUGCUCCAAGAAGUUCAUGCGGAACUACAAGGGGUUUGACGCUGUGGAUGUCCAUCUCGCGGAUGAUGGAAUCGUCCAAGCAAUCGGCAGUGGGGACAUUGUCAUGUCGAUGAAGACACCCCAAGGGAUGAAGAAAGGUGUGCUCACAAACGUGUGGCACAUCCCAAAGUUAUCCAGAAACCUGUUCUCGGUCGGCCGCUUCACCAAGGAUGUCGGCCCAGUGACGUUCACGAAGGAUGGGUGCUAUGGAGAAGCGAAAGGGACCAAGUGGAAAAUUGGUGCCCGUGAAGGUAAAGGACUGUUCAAGCUGCAAAAUGACUCCAGUGGCGCCGGAACAAGCAAAUGCAGCCAAGUCGUCGGGAUGUCAAGGGGGCACCAAGUCGUACCUCUGGCACCUUCGGCUUGGCCACAUAGGUCACGAUGGACUCAAUUGCAUCGUGACGAAGAAUAUUGGAAUUGGCAUCGACAUAUCUUCGGUGAAGAAGUGGGACGUGUGUGA